GGGAGGACAUGCAUCGCCGGACAAUGUACUUGCUCCAACACCGCCUUCACUAUUUGCUCUGGAACAUGUGUAAAUCUUAAAACCUCCACCAACAAUUGCGGCGCAUGUGGGAAAACUUGUCCCCAAGCGUCAACUUGCCAGUCGUCCAACUGCAUCUGUAACAAUUCCCUCCUUUCUGCCUGCUCGACGGGGUGCAAGAAUCUCAAGACCGACUCGGCCAAUUGCGGCGCCUGUGGUACGACUUGCACUACACCACAAGUCUGCACAAGCGGAGUUUGUGCCUGCCCUACCGCCGGCCAGUCGCUCUGUGGUACUACUUGCAAGAAUCUCAAAACUGACAAUAGCAAUUGCGGAACAUGCGGAACAGUUUGCACUGCACCACAAGUUUGUACCAACGGAGCGUGCGCGUGCCCUGUUGCGGGACAGAGUCUUUGUGGUACAACCUGCCUGGAUCUCAAAACCGAUCUCAACAACUGCGGCACUUGCGGGAAAGUUUGCGCUCCAGGGCUGAGCUGUAUCAACGGUGCCUGCGCUUGCCCAAAUGCCAGCGACAUCCUCUGUGGUGGGAAAUGCAUCAACUCCAAAACUGACACUAACAACUGUGGAGCAUGCGGAACCGUCUGCGAUCUCGGCUCUGUAUGCACUGGUGGAGUCUGUGUCUGUCCGACGACUUGCGCUGGAGUCUGCACUGACCUGCAGAACGACCAGUUCAACUGUGGUACUUGCGGCACCCUAUGUAAUAAGAAGGAUCAGUUCUGUUCGUCUGGAAAAUGCACUUGCAUCUCGGCGGGUCAAACCAGUUGUGGUGGUCUUUGUAAAGAUCUCCAAACCGAUGCAACAAACUGCGGUACCUGUGGCAAUAAGUGUGGAGGAGGCCAGACCUGUCAAGCUGGAAAAUGCAAGUGUACCACAGCGGGU